UUAGAGUCUUUAAAGAUGCGGAAGGUAGUGGAAAAAUUAGGUGGAAUCACCCUUUAGCCAUUUCCCGAAUCGGAAGCUGGAAUUGGAACCAAGUUCAGCUUCGUGGGACAAACUGCAGAGAAGAAUAAAAGCUAAACUCUGAUCUUUGCCUCUCCUGGUUCCGUCCAGCAGCUGAGUUCUGAAUGUCACUCAGUACCUGAUCCAUUUGGAUGCCUGGUAACAUUUGAUCAUUUUUCGGUAUUAAAGCCUGUUUUUAUAAUCAAAUCUCAUUAUUACUCAAGGUAACUACACUGAGGGGUUCUGGUCGGUCCUACUGGUUACCGAACCUGGUGGAGCACAGAGACAGAAAUAAAUUAAGUCCAACAGUUCACUUUAAUUUCAAAAAGUCCAGACUUGUGUUUGUUUUUAAUUAAAGAAAAUAGUCAUAAAAUAUUGAUUUUAAAAUUGUGUUGGUGGUUAUAUAGGAAUAAGGCUUGUUUUAUUUUCCUUCAUUUUAUUUAACUCAAACUUAUUUUAACUUCUUUCUUAGUGUGCAUGAAUAAAUCAUCCAUCCAUCCAUUUUCUUCCGCUUCAUCCGGGUUCUCCAGCCUCUUCCAGCUCCUCCGGGAAUCCCAAGCCGUUCCCAGGCCAGCAGCGGGUCCUGGGUCUUCCCUCCUCCCGGUGGGACCGGAACUCCUCACCAGGGAGGCGUCCAGGAGGCAUCCUGACCAGCUGCCCGAGCCUCAACUGGCUCCUGCAGGAGCGCAGACAUAUCAAAUUAACAGGCCAAACGGGUGUUUAAGGCGCAUGCGCGGCUAGCAGGUGAAACCAGGUGUGUCUGAUUGCAGCUGUUGAAAACGAGCGGAGGAGAGGCGGCGUCCGGAUCCUCUGUCAGCGCAGAGAAACGGAACCGAACCGAAUCUACUGAUUCCCGGAACAUGGGGCCGCUCGGUUUGAAGCUGAUCCUCUUCGGCUUCAUGUGUCUCAGAGUUGAAGGAAGCUGCAGCGUGGAGAACUGCAGUGACCCCCGGACCUGCGUCCUGUCCGCGGACCGGAGGAGCUGCCGCUGCGCCGCGGGACUAUACGGCCCGAACUGCGGACACAGCGCGCAGGUGAAGGUCCUGUGCGGCAAAGACUUCAUGAGCAUCCGGGCCGCGGAGGAUUUCUUCUCCUACCUGAAGGUCCCGCUGGAGUCGCUGCACCUGCCGAACCGGUCCUGCCGGGCCCAGAGGGAGGUGAUCGCCGGGACGCCGUUCUUCAUGUUCCGGACCUCCAGAGAGAAGUACCUGGCCUGCGGAGGGAAACCGCUACAGAAGAACUCGACCCACCUCCUGUACUCCCUCACGGUCCAAUCGGAACCUCAGGUCAGCGGGAACAUCAUCAGAGACCCGGCCAUUAAGCUGGACUUCACCUGCGUCUACCCGAACCUUCGUAGAGUCAGCCUGCCGUUUCCGGUCCGGCCCAUCUCCAGCCAGACGGUGAUGCAGGUGGAGGAGACGGACGCCACCAUUCGGAUGUUGCUGUUCGCCGACAGCAGCUUCAGCCGGGCCUUCAGCGGCACGCCGACCAUAGAGCUGCGGGACCCGCUGCAUGUGGAGGUCUCCGUGGCUGAGCCUGCAGACUUCUUCCUGCUCCGGGUCGAUGACUGCUGGGCCAGCCCGUCCCGGCAGCCCAACGCCACCGGACUGCUUCACAGCCUCAUCCAGAACGGCUGCGUGGCCGACCCCACCGUGACCUUCCUCCCACUGGCUGAGGAGCGGGUCGGGCCCAAUGGCCGGAGCUCCAGGGUCCGGUUCCGCUUCCAGAUGUUCCGCUUCACCGCUGGACCCGCCGAGUUCUACCUGCACUGCAGCGUCCAGCUGUGCGAGCAGGACGACCAGCCGUCCUGCCUGCCGAGCUGUGGCUCCAUCAGCAAGCGGGAAGCCGUCAGGCCGCUUCCCAUCCGCGGUCUGCUGUCCUACGGACCGAUCCGGGUCGAGGUUCCGGACCGGCCCGAGUCCAAUGUUCUGACGGUGGCGGUUCUUCCUGUGGCCGCAGUCUGGACGCUGGGCCUCUUCCUCACCCUCCUCAUCAUCAUGGCCAAGGCCGGCAGGAGGCGGGUCCCCGAACCCGAGGGCCCCUGAUGGCAGGAAGCUCCAAUGAACCCUCUUUCAUCACUUCCUGUUUUCCUCCUGUUCACAGCAGCUUUUUAUAAAAUUCAAAAUACUUUCAA